AUGCUGGUAAAGUGGUAUUUAAGAAAUCAUUCAUCAUCGGCUAGGUUGGGAGCUUCUUCGUGUGCUAGAACAAGUGUUGAAGCAGUGGACCUCGACAAAGUGGCCAAGGCCCUGAGUCGUGCGCCAUCAAUUGCUGACGGAGACGCCCUAAUUCCUAAUGAUCGUUUGUUCAGCGCUCUGGGCACAAGGAACAACCGUGGAACAUUUCUUCUGACCGAGAAGUCCUUGAAUAUUGUAAAGGGCAAAAUUUUCGACAUUGAAGAUAAGGACGAUAUCUUUAAUGGCGUGAUUCAUAAUCCGACAGAUCCGAGAAAAUUUGACAAAGCAUUGGACCUAGUUGCUAAAAGCGGUACCAAGGAGGAAGAGCUUUUUGAUUUCAUUCGGAGGAUCGAAUGA